AUGAUCCUGGUGUACGUUCCCUGCAUUUGCUCCGCCAUGUUUCUGAUGUCUAUCUCUGCGCGCGACAUGCCCUUCAGAUAUCCGAUGAUCUUCAUCUUGCAUGUGGUUCUUGCUCUUGCCCUGGCGGCUCUUGGAGCUUGGUUGGGCUGGAAGGACGCCUUGCCGACAAUGGCACACUUCCUGGAAGAUUCGCAGAGAAGCAAUGAGCUGCUGGUAUUUUAUACCUGGGUCCCCUUCGCCUGGUUUGCUGUGCCGACCCUGGUCGUGGGGACUGCCCAGGACAUUGCCGACACUGGCCCACAAAUUCUUGGCUUCCUGUUGUACCUGCCUUUGUUGGAUGAAGCACGCAAGCUGACUAUGAUGUGGAUGGCCUACUGCUUAUUGGCCAGUGCCAGGUCAUUGCAGCUUUGCAUGUCUCAUGCUGGCAUGAAAUUCCAGCUCACGCCUUUUCUUUUACGGAUUCUUCUGCUGGAGCUCGCUGGCUUAGUGGCAGGACGUGCGCGAAUUUGGUACCUGAGUCGGCAGGGCACGCCUCUUACCUCGUCAUACCUGGAUCAAUGCUCCAGGUCGAAAGAGGUCCAGCCAGUCGACACCGCUGACCUACAGCAAGAGCAUCAGGUUAUACCAUACUCAUAUGUGCCGUCUGGAGCCUGUGGACGGGCAGAGAUGAUUGCAAGAAGCGUCUGGCAUCGGCGGCGGCUGUACAAAGACGAGCUGAAGGGCCGACUGUUGUGGGCUGUGCACCUUCACGCCGAGAAGCAGCUCACUUCCGAUGUUUUGCUCCAUAUCCUCACCUUUCUGCACGAGCCGGAAAGGCCGGUAACAACCUUCUUGGGGCUGCUCUCGGACGACAACACGUCCCAGAUCUCCGGAAGUCAGCGAACGAGGUCACAGACGCUGUCGUCGCUUUCUUCGGUGUCACUCUUGCGGAGAAGCAUUCCUUUGAAGCUACGGCGGAUCUUUGAGCUGAAGGGCUCUUCGGGGGGCCGCCGCGAGGAGGAGGACGAGGAGCUGGAGGUAGAGUCGAGCAACCUACAGGCACUCCCGUUGGUAGCGCUGAGCUUCGGGGUUAUGCUGGGGACAGCCAGCGUCUCAUUGAAUGCCAGUGGUCAUUGA